AAGUAUUUGUUUUUGUACAGAAUUAGUGUUUUCGCAUGUAGUGAACUGAAACUUGAAAGUUAUAAGUGAACGUGGUGAAGAAAUUCUGAACACAAAUUAAAAAUUAAUUAAUUUUCCAAUAGUGAUCACGCUUUUGAACUCAGAAAACGGCGUUCCCACAGGCUGUUAUCUUGGGUUGAAAUUCCCUUAGGUUAUAUUUCCGAUCAUAUGGCUGGCGCAGAUCCAAAAUGGCAGAAGGAUGCCGCCGACCAGAACUUCGAUUACAUGUUCAAACUACUCAUAAUAGGCAACAGCUCAGUGGGGAAAACGUCCUUUUUAUUCCGAUACGCCGAUGAUAGCUUCACGUCUGCCUUUGUGAGCACCGUCGGAAUAGACUUCAAAGUCAAAACUGUUUUUCGACACGACAAAAGGGUCAAACUACAAAUAUGGGACACGGCAGGACAAGAACGAUAUAGGACCAUAACUACUGCCUAUUACAGAGGAGCCAUGGGAUUCAUAUUAAUGUAUGAUAUUACAAAUGAGGAAUCGUUUAAUAGUGUACAAGACUGGGUAACUCAAAUUAAGACGUAUUCGUGGGACAACGCCCAAGUCAUUCUAGUUGGAAACAAAUGCGACAUGGAAGAUGAAAGAGUCAUUAGCUUCGAGAGAGGAAAGCAAUUAGCUGAGCAGCUUGGCGUCGAGUUCUUUGAAACUAGUGCGAAGGAAAAUAUUAACGUUAAGGCCGUUUUCGAGCGCUUAGUGGACAUAAUCUGCGACAAAAUGUCAGACAGCCUAGACACUGACCCGACCCUAAUGAGCGGCGGGGCAAAGGGCCAACGCUUAACGGACGCCCCCCAAGGUCCCCAAGCUGCCAACUGCAACUGUUAAUAACCUUAAGAGAAUCAAGUCCCGUUCAGACGUGGACCUCCUCUUCACAAAACUGUUGAUACUUCGACCAGGAUGUAUGAAAACUUAAAACUCUUUCCGUUUACUUUUAUCGAGACUGACAAUACGCAUGAGCAAAAAUGAUGUUCUAUAAUAUUCUAUUGAACUUUUGCAUGCGUGUAUUACCUGCAUUUUUAUAGUUAGAAGGGAUACAAAAUUUUCAUCUCGCCAGUUUUGCACUGGAGGUCAACGAACUAAAAUUGUUCAAGAUUUUCAAUUAAUGAAGCAUAAUUGGCUUUUUUCGUACUACUUUCCCAACAUUAUUGUGGGACAUACUUAUUGUUGUUAAAUGUUUCAAAUUUUGGUACUAAUAGUGUUAAGUGUUGAAUCGAGAUACCAGACAAGUUUUGUAUCCUUUUUAACGGUGUUUAAAAAUUUUAUAACAAGCAUUUUAUAAUUUGCAAACUCAACAAAAACAAUGUCAAUAUUAGAAAAAACAAAUGUAGAGUAGCAUGAGGUGUUUUGACGGGAUAAUCAGUUAUUUGUAGUGGUUAGUUACACUGAAAAUAUAAAUAUUUUUUGUUUCGUCAUACACUUUGACAUACAAGAAUGAUGUUCUUCUAUAGUUAUUAAUGUAAACAAUGGCCUUUACAUAAUUAAAUCUUCCAAAGUAUAUCACAUUAGAUUUUGGA